AUGCAAAGCAGUGAACAUUUUAAAAAAAAAGGUAAUAAUCUCUCAGAUUUGAAAUUAGAAAAUUUUAAAAAAGCUGCAUUUGAAGUUAUUGAAUAUAAAGAUAAAAUUAUCAAAAUGCUAUGCGCUAUUUUAGAAGUACAGGGAACAACUACCUUAAAUAUUAAAGAAUUUAUUUCUAAUGUAGUAAAAGAUCAGCUGUUUGAAAAUAAUGAAUAUGAAUUAAAAGCAUAUAAAAAAAAAACAUCUUCUAGAAAAAGAACAUUAAUAAAUCUUCCUGAUUUUAGAACUAUUAAAAAAAACAAAGAACUAAAUUUAUUUUCUACACCGAAUAAAAUAAAUGAAGAAUUAAAUAAAGAAAAAAAUUUAUCUGAUUCAGUUUUAAGCUCUUAUAAGUUUUGUUUAAAAGAAAAGAAUUAUGAAAACAAAAUAAUUGAUAAUAAUUUGAUAAGCAAUUUUACAGAGGGAAAAUAUUUUCUAGAUCCAAAUGUUUAUAGUACACAAAAAAAAGAUGAAAACAACGGGAAUAUUUUACAAAAAAAGAAUGAUGGAUUUGUAAAAAAUUUUAUUGAAAGUCAUAAGAAAGCAUUAGAAAAUUUCCGAAACCCCGAAACAAAUUUUGAAUGUACAUAUAAAUCAGAUUCACAAUUGGAUAUAAAAUUUUCUAAGGAAAAACAAAAAAUAAAUGAGUCCAUUACUGAAGAAUGCCAAUUAUGCUUAAUGCCGAAUACAGAGUCUUUACACGGAAAUUUCCCACCAAUACUUUAUAAAUUAAGUUGUGAUCAUGUUUUUCACUUAAUGUGUCUUUAUGAAACAGUAAUACGUAGGGAAUGUAGAAAAAGUUGUUGUAUUUGUCACAGUGAAUUAGAUGAAGAUGAUAAGACUAACAUUAUAAGUAAAGUAAAACGUGAGAAAAAGGAAAAUGAUAAAAAGAGCAAACUUUUAUUUAAAGUUAUGAAGUUACAAGCUGAUAAAAAACAUUAA